AAGGGAAGUUGGCAUGCCAAACGGUGCAAGAGGAAGAGGGGUAUUACGCUUCUUCACCCGAUUCCGUGUUAUAUGAUCCAAUUUGUUAAUAAUAGCAUUUUGGCCAAUAAUGAAAAUAAUUUUCCAGCUCUGUAUAAUAAUGGUGUCUAUUUCAUCGGGGUGUUGUGAGAUGCAGACUACAACUUGCAAUUAAUAAAUACAGUUGUACAUUACACGAUUCAUUCGACUCUUAUUGUGGUACAAUGGCAAGUACAAAAUAUGAAAGAGGGCUCUGACGGUGCUGUGAGUUUUGAUUGGCAGAAUGUGAAGACACAUGUCAAAUAGAAAUAUGAUACCACAUAUCAAAUAGUACAUAAUUAUCGAGUGUGCUCAUGUGAAAUUAUAUGAAUGCACAAUAAAAAGGUGAAUCAAUUUAACUGUGCGUACUUGCACAAAUUGCGAUGACAAACAAGAUUCAAAUAAGUUAAAGUCAUUGUUAAAGAAGAAAUUUAUCAUCUUUUAUGGAAGAAACCAAUUUGAAUUAAAACAUGUUAGAGGAAGAAUUUACUUCAAUUGCUUUACCUACGUUGUCUACCAUGUUACUUUUCCUAUUUACAUUAUAUUUCUUCCGAUAUCUUAUAGGAGAGACUCAUAUUCCCAUCAGAGAUGUUACUAAACAGCAUAAUUGGAAAUCUACUAGAAAGGAAACUAAGGCAUAUUAUUGUAGUAUAUGCGAAGGUUUGUUAUUAAAUACUGAUGGAUUGAUGUGUGAUUGCUGUGGCGUGUGUGCGGAUCCUACUUGUGUCAAGGUUGCAGAUAAACAAUUAAAGUGUAAAGUUAUUAGUUUAAACACGAAUGAGCCAAUGAAGCAUCAUUGGGUAAAGGGCAAUUUACCUCUAAUCGCUGUAUGUGAAGUAUGUAACGAAGAAUGUGAUAUGGAACCUGGUCUAACAGAUUGGUGGUGUUGCUGGUGUCAAAGAAGUGUUCAUGAAGAUUGUAAACCUAAUCUCUCUGAAAUAUGCGAUCUUGGUAAAUUUAAACUGAUGAUAAUUCCACCAAGCAGUUUAGAAGUUGUAAAUCAACGAAGUACAGUACGACGUAGAUUACAACUUCGCACAGUUAUACCACCAAAUUGGCCUCAUUGGAAACCUCUUAUAGUUGUUGCGAACAAAAAAUCUGGCAAUAAAGAUGGAGCAGAAAUCUUGUCCUUAUUCAGAAGGUUAUUGAAUCCUGCUCAAGUUGUUGAUUUAUCAGAACGUGAUCCAGUUGCAGCUCUUGAGUGGUGCCGCUUAAUAGGAAAAGUAAAAUGUACUGUUCUUGUAGCAGGUGGAGAUGGUACAAUAGCUUGGUUAUUAAAUGCUAUUUAUAAACUUAAAUUGGAGCCAGUUCCAUCUGUGGCAAUAAUUCCUUUGGGCACAGGGAAUGAUUUAUCUAGAGUAUUAGGAUGGGGAAAGGAACAUGAUCCGCAAAGGGAUCCAGCAUAUAUAUUACAAGAAAUACAAGCGGCACAAGAAGUGAAACUUGACAGAUGGUCUGUGGUGGUGAAACCAUAUGGCGGAUUAGGACUUCGGGGUUCACAUCAGAAAUUUCAUAUGUAUAAUUAUAUAGGUAUUGGAGUGGAUGCACAAGUAACGUUACAAUUCCAUCGUACAAGAGAAAGUCGAUUUUACUUUUAUAGUAGUAGAUUAUUCAAUAAGCUACUAUACCUAUGUUUUGGCACGCAACAAGUAGUGGAAAGAGAAUGUAAAGAUCUUGACAAAAAUAUAGAAUUAUAUUUAGAUGGUGUUAAAAUGGAUUUGCCAUCUAUUGAGGGUAUUGUGAUAUCAAAUAUUCCUUCUUGGGGUGCUGGCGUGAAUCUUUGGAAUACAGGUCGUGGUGAAGAAUAUGUAAAACAAAGUUUUAAUGACGAAAAAUUGGAAGUAAUUGCUCUUUAUUCUUCAUUUCAUAUGGCUCAGCUUCAAGUAGGACUUUCUCAGCCUUAUCGAAUUGGCCAAGCUAAGUCUGUUAAGAUGAAGUUACUAAAAUCUUAUGCCAUGCAAAUUGAUGGCGAACCGUGGUAUCAACAUCCUUGUGAAGUUAAUAUUAUAUAUUGCAACAAAGCGUCCAUGUUGGUGAAUACUGUUUCUGAAGUAAAUUAAAUUUUAUCAGUAUAUUUAUAUGGUCGUAUUUAUGUACAUUCCAAUGUUUGGUAUAGAGUGACAAGAAAUUUAAAUGUUUUGUUAACAAAAACUGUCUAUUAAUGUGAUGGAAAUGAUGAGAGAUAAAUAUCUUUUCUGCAAACAAAGAAAUAUCUAGUCAUUAUUCUGUAAAAAUAUAUGAUCUGUA